UGACUACAAAGCUGGAAGGUGGAUUAUUUUUCCCAAAAACACAAAGACCAUGGGAGCUUACCUGUAGAAAUGGUUUGCGGCUUUAGUCAAGCUGGAGUUGACUAAAUGAAAGUAUGGGCUGUGCGUCAGCCAAGCAUGUUUCUGCUGUACAAAACGAAGAGGAAGCUCAGAAGGGGAAAAACUACCAGAAUGGAGAUGUAUUUGGUGAUGAGUAUAGGAUCAAACCUGUGGAGGAAGUCAAAUACAUGAAAAAUGGGGGAGAAGAUGAUCAGAAAGUAGCUGCCAGAAACCAAGAAAACUUGGAAAAAAGUGCCAGUUCACAUGUAAAACUUAAGGCUAAUAAAGAACUGCCAGGAUUAGUACAUCAACCUAGAGCAAACAUGCACAUUUCUGAAAGCCAACAAGAAUUCUUCCGAAUGCUGGAUGAGAAAAUUGAAAAGGGUCGUGAUUAUUGUUCAGAAGAAGAGGAUAUCACAUAAUGCCAGUUCUGCUGAUCGAAACAGGAGUGCUCCUGUGUAAAUAGAUUACGGUUCAACCCAGAUCUUUCGGAGGAGUCUUCUCAAAGUGAACAGCGCUACAUAACAAACAGUUAUCCCCACAUUGUAUGCUCCAUUCAGUUACGGUGUUUUCUUAAUGACCAUACAAUGAGCAUGGUUCACAGGAAGAAGAACAGCUUCUAUGGAACUGCCUUUGCUGCUGCUAAUUGAGAUCUGUUGCAAGUUUUCAUUUCCUCGGGCCCAGGAACACCACAGAAGUUUGACUUUAAAACAUCUAAAGGACACUGCAGCUUUCACUGGGGUUGUUGGCCUGUUUUCUAUUGGCGGAGGUGGUGUUGUACAAAAUCUUCCAUAACCAAGCAGCUGAAUCUUCCAGUUCACCCUACUCAUCAGCCCAGGGGCAUGGAGUUCUUGCUAUACUGAGAGUUUAGAGCUUUGGAAAAUGGGAUGUUUUGCCAUGAUGAACUUCGUUUUUCUGCUAGGAAGAAGUUAACAAUUAAAAAGCAUGUUGUCAUACA